AUGAGUACAAAUGAUAAAUUAGAAGUUACAACGGGUUCAAAAGCCAAGUACAAUUAUUCGCAUCCAAGUUUACCACAACCAGCUCAAAACCCUCUACCCCGAGAAACUCUUUCAUCUUCGGACGUGUUCAAAAAGGGGUUUCCAGACUUGGGCCGUCUUAGAGGACAUUUGUCUAAACAAGGCAGACUCGAAGUUUCUUGUGUUUUGAGGAUUUUCAAGCAAGCAAAGAAACUUUUAAGCCGCGAGGAAAAUGUGCUGGAACUGGAACAGCCUGUCAUUAUGGUUGGCGAUAUUCAUGGGCAGUUCUAUGAUUUACUGAGAUUACUCGACCUUGGUGGUCCUUUAGGCAGUCUUAGCCCAACGAAUCAAUAUCUGUUUUUGGGAGAUUAUGUCGAUAGAGGGAUGUUCGGAAUGGAAUGCAUUAUUGUCUUGUGUGCUUUGAAAAUUGCAUAUCCGAAGAAGAUGCAUUUACUCAGAGGCAACCACGAAUGUCGCCACCUGACUCGCUAUUUCUCCUUCAAAGUGGAGUGUCUGCACAAGUAUAACGAGAGAGUCUACAAUGCAUGUAUGGACAUGUUCGACCACCUCCCCCUGGCGGCCAUAGUGAACAACCAGUUCUUCUGUGUCCAUGGGGGUCUGUCUCCACGCAUUCAGCACAUCAAAGACAUACAGAAGAUCAUUAGAGUCAAGGAACCCGACAAGCACGGCGAUGCUAUGACGGAUCUGAUGUGGUCCGACCCUACAAGGAACUAUGGGAAAGAGAGGGAGGGAAAAGUGGAACACUUCUCCUUUAACAAACUCAGACGCAUCUCUUUCUUCUACUCUUACGCUGCAGUGUGCAACUUCUUGAAAGAGAACGACCUUCUGUGUGUGGUGCGUGCUCACGAGGCCAAAGACGCUGGCUUCCAGAUGUUCCGCAAGAGUCCCUUCUCCAAGUUCCCCUCCCUGAUCUCCAUAUUCUCAGCCCCCAAUUACUGCGACACUUACGGCAACAAGGGAGUCAUACUGUGUCUAGCAGACGGGCAACUCAACAUUAAGACAUUCCUGGACUCCCCCCACCCCUUCUGUCUGCCCAACUUCGAGAAUGGCCUCACGUGGUCCUUCCCCUUUGCAGCCAACAUGGUCACCAAACUCCUCUUCGAUAUCUGCGAACUCUGCACUGAGGAGGAACUGGAGGCUGACGGUGUCGCCCACUCAGAGGAGGCUGGUAGGAUCCGUGUGCUGAGGAACAAAAUGAGAGCCAUAGGCCGAAUGCGCAGAUACUACAACAUGCUAAGCGAGAAGAACGGACUCAUCGCCCAACUAAAAGAUUUGCAACUGAGUGAUGAUAAACUGUAUGCUAAACAGAAAAUUAAAGAAUGCGUGUACAAGUUUAUGUGUAAAACAUACUUCAAGAAGUAG